UGCGUUCGGUCGUGUCCAGGAGCGGUCGGACGGUCCCGGAGGCGGCUGGAGGGCGGGCGUCCGUCUGCCGGUGGCUAGGUCUCACGCGGCGGCGGCGGCAGACGAGGCCCGGGGUCAGCUGUGGGUGGUCGGGGGUUGGGCCGGCGGUCGCUCCCUGCGGUCGGUGCUGAGGCUGUCGGCAGGCGAGUCGUCCUGGUCCGAGGGUCCGCCACUGCGCUGCGGUCGCUCGCAGUGCGCCGGCGUGGUGUGGGAGGACCAGCUGUGGGUGUUCGGAGGCUGCGACUCCUGGAACUGCGUGGCGUCCACCGAGCGUCUCCCGCUGGGCGACGACGCGGUCUCCUGGCUGGAAGGCCCGGCUCUGCCCACGGCGCGGCGGUCGAUGGGGGCGGCCGUGUGGCGAGGCCGCGCCGUAGCCGCGGGCGGCAGCGCGGGUUCGGCUUCUCUCAGGGACACGGCGUUCCUGGAGGGCGAGGCGGGUCAGGCUCGCUGGCGGGCAGGUCCGUCUUUGCGCCGUCCUCGCGCGGCUCCCGCCCUGGCGGCUCUGGGGUCGGCGCUGGUGGCGGCGGGUGGGUUCUCCGGGAAGCACUUUCUGGCGUGUGUGGAAGUCCUCCACGAGCCGGACGGGGAGUGGACCAUGCUGAGGGACUCUCGCGACGCGCCCGCCCCGCUCACACCACAAAAGGCGGAGAACGGUGUGUCGAGUGACGAGUGAGACCGACCGCCCCGCCCGCCCUUCCUCAGCACUCCGCGUCUUCUUAUAUUUCCUGAGUAUUAUAUUUAUGUUUAAGGAGCGACAGGAACAGGCUGAACGUUUAUCGCACUACCUCAAAAUUCUUCGCAUCGCGAUUUAUUGCCUUUGUAUGUGUCGUAAAGAUUUAUAAAGUAGUGAGCGUGAGGCGCGCCGCUGCAUUUUAUAUAUAUUUAUAUCAUAUUGUCUGAACAUUCCGUCGCCGCGGCUCGUCCUCGUGUUCUGUCCUACGUUUUCCUCUCCAUGAAGUCUCUAGUGGAGGUUUUCGUGUUCACGCCGAGUGGGAGUUCUCUCCCUCUCUCUCUCUCGAUCAUUCCGAGUUUUAUAAACUAUUUUGUGUCGGUUGUCUCAAAAGAAAAUUUAUAUUUAUUGGAGCCAUUCAAAAAAGUAAUUCGUGUUUCGAUAAAUUGUAAGUAAUGAUUGAAAAACAAUUUUUGGAUUUAUUUUCAAAAAAAACAUCGUCUAAAUGCAGACCUUCGUCAUGUUCCUUCAGAAGGCGGACUCAGUGACGGCGAACAGUCGCGUUCCAAGUCGGUUUCCUAGACUCAUCAUAGAAGCUUUACACCAGUCCCCUGGGAAACAGUUCCUAGAGCUUAGGGAAAGACUUAAUCGAAGCCAAUGUAUGUCACCUCUCCAAUGAGCUUCAUCCGUAAAUAAGUAUCUGGUGUACGUGAAGACGUCGGCGCAGCUGAGUAUAUAAGACGGAGCCUCUCCCUGACACAUCCUGCAUCACUGCGGCGCCGGGUGUAGUGUAAUGAUGAGUCUCCGCAGUCUUGUGGGUUUCCGAAUGUCACGGUUCAUAAUGUCAAGAGCAGGUCGUUUGACACCCUCCAUAUGUUCUUAGAAUUCUGAUGACCUCGGUCUCCUGUUUCCAAUUUCCCAGUUUUGUAGCGGUGUUUCAAAAGUUUGGAUAUACUUACGGAGAGGAAUGCUCGUCGCCUCAUGUCGGUGGCGAAAGCUUUUAAUACUACAGGAGCGUCUCCGCAGCUGUAGUGUUCCCUGGAGGUCCCCGCCGCCUCCGGGUGGUUGGGUUCACACAGCAAGCUUUAUAAAUAUAGAGUUUGUUUUGAGGCUCCCCGCCAGUAACAUAACGAUCGUUUCACUGUCGGAGGCUCGGUCGCAAGUCGCGUUCGUUUCAUCUAAAUAUCAUAAAGUCGCUCGUUGUAAACGAGCUUCCGGUCAGUUACAUAUUAUAAUACAUAUAUAAUUGUACUUCGAGUAUUUGUAACAGAGUCGUCGCGCCGCGGUCGUUCCGCGUCACAGCUCUAUAAGACGACGUUAUAUUACAACACCCGGCGCUGAGGUCCGGGUGCCGCGACCCUCUCCACCUGCCGCCGGCACUCGCUUUGACCGAGAGGCGCGGGGUCGCGGAACGGUCGCUCGCUUGCUCUGUGGCGUAUUACUUCGUUUAUUAAAAUACAUUUGUUUUAAA